AUGGAGAAGAGGGGGGACGAAAACGAGAGGGAGAAACGGUGUCGACGGUCGGCGUCGCGUUUUGACUCUGACAGCAGCGACGAAAGUGUUUGUGGGAAUGCCAGUGAACAGACAGAAGCGAGAUUGAAAGAGUGUAAUGGAAUUGGUGCAGACACUGGUCCGGGCAUUCAUGAGAUGUGUGCGGUAAUCAAUGCAGAGCAAAACGCGAAGUGUCCGCUGAGUUUGACCCAGCACAGCGAAGAUUUGGACGAGCUGCUGCCUUGA